CUCAGUCAGUUGCCGGAAUUCGUACGUGUCAGUUCGUAAUUGUCGUAAAGUGAACUAUUUUCGAAGUGUUUUUUUUUUUGGAAAUAAAUUUAAAAACUUACAAAUAAAAUUUACAACAACAAAUAUUUCUUACUAUUUUGGUGCAGAGUAAAUAGAAAACGUUCAAAGCCAUGCGUUUAAAGGCCAGUCACACACUUUUCGUGUGUACUGUGGUGUUGUUAUUGUGUAUGCUGCAGUGCGAAUUUGCAGCGAGCUACAAAACCGAGAUCGAGAUAACUCCCGCACCGCCGGAAGAGCAGACAACAAAGAAGUCGGGCUGGUUCAGCCGCUUAUUUGGCAGUGGCGGCGACAAGACCACCACCACUACCACGCCCCUGCCACUUAAAAAUGUGGAGCCAGUACCCCAACCCCAACCCCAACCACAGCCGAAUGCGCCGCGAGUACAAUCGGGUGCCACUGGCCCACAAAGGCCACCACCAUUAGCAAUCAAUCCACAAGCACCACUGAUGCCUCUCGGCCCACGUCCCGAUACGCCACCAACAUCACCCUUGAGCGGUAAUGCGCAGCAGCCACCACAAUGGCCACAAGUCACACCACAAUCCUCGGGGCCAACACCCGCCACGCCAGCGGCAAUACGUCCACAAGUCGGCGGCCCACAACAACAACCACAGCAACGUCCGCAACAUGCAUCGGCAGGGUCCAACUAUGGAGGCGGCGUCAACACACUUGGCGUUGGUGGUAGUGCGAACAACUUUGGGCGUCCAGGUGUACCACAACCAAACUUACCACCUGGUUUUGCACCCUAUCAACCACCAAAGGCACAGCCAUCUGGCCUGGAUCUAAGCUAUGGCGGUGGUGCGCGCCCACAGGGUGGCAGUGCUACACGUCCAGGCUUUGGCUUGGCACCUUUGACUAGCACAACUACUACAACCAGCACUACGACCACCACCACCACGACAACAACGACACCAAAACCCGGCGCGCCAGGCAGUGCACUUGGUUUGGAUAUGCGUAAUGGCUUUGGCGGUUUCGUUGCACCAUCCACAACACAACGUCCGGCCACACCUAAAGAUGAAUUUCCACCUUUGCCACCACCACGACGUCCUUCGGGCGGCACUAAAGAGGACUUUCCUCCGCUUCCAACACAACGCACACCUGGCAGUCCUACUCCAGCAUCACCCUUGCGUCCAUCCUCGCCUGGCAGUGCCGCACAACCUACACCACCUUUCGCUUGGGGUUCGCCAACACCAGCUGCACCAUUACGACCAGGCAGUAGCAGCGUUGGCCCAGGUUUACCUGCAUCAAUCACACCUACGAAACCAGGCGCUCCUGCUACAGGACCAAAUGGUGUUUCGUUUGUGCCGCACGUACCUGGUCCAUCGACUACUGCAAGGCCUGGUUCAAGCAGUGCCAGUGGUGCUGGCGGUAACUCGCGUGCAAGCGACGAUGAAAUACGUGCACUUACGGAGCAACUUUAUGCCAAAGAGCAGAGUUUAUUAAAUUUGAUGCAUGUGAAUCCACAAGGCAAGACGAGGUCUAUUGAUAGCGCAGAUGAGGCGCCAAACCCCCUUUUCGAAGUCGAAUCGCGCGCUUUCGAAACCCCCACAGUUGCCAAGAUGCGUGCACUCUUCGAUAACUAUGAGGAGGAUACUUUGACCAAUGAGCAUGUGACUGUCAACGAGCGUCGUGAGGAGAAUGAAUUUGUUGACGCCGUGAUGAAUACGCAGGUUAUGCGGCAAGCUAUGCUCUUCCUGCAGAACAAAGGCAUCGUAUCACCCGAUCCAAAGACACAUCGCGAUCUCGUCAAAGAACUUUGGUUUACGCAAUACUCGCGCGGUCAAGGUCGGAUCGGCAGUUCCGGGUUCGAACAUGUUUUCGUACACGAAGUUAAGAAUGGCACACUGAUUGGUCUACACAAUUGGGUGUAUUUUGCCGAUGAGGAGAAGGCUGGCCGUUUAGACUAUAAGGGUUACCUACACCAAAUAGAUUUGGGCAAUAAAGCUAAAGUUCUAAAAGUGCGCUUUACCCACAAUGGCGUCAACAAGCCGGUUAAUGGCGUUUUCGCUGGCACUUCACCGGAAUUGGAAUUGGCUUUGUAUACAGUUUGCUUUCAGCUGCGUCCAGAUAGCACAUGCCCUGUUUCAUUGGGCAACCAGCGCUUCGGUAUUGUCACUUACACCUGGCGUUAUCGUGGCAAGCAUCUGAUUGGCAGCGCAUUCCCCGAAAUAUAGAUGGCAUUUGCUAUGAAAACUGGCGAGAGAUAUUGAGAUUUUUGCACUUUUCAUUUGCAAGGCAUCAAGCGAGAUUGUAGAUUAAUUAGAAGAAGUAACCCAAAUAAAUGUAUAUUAUUUUGUCUACGAA